AUGAUGAUCGAUGUCAUGGUCAGAGAAAAAGAGAACCAGACGCAACGCAGUACAGAAGAAACCCCUACGCCAAUGAUGGUGAAGGAGCAUGAAUUUACGACGGAUUUCGGUUUCAUUCCCAUUCCACGACACCUACGAUACGACCCCGAGAAGCCGCCUCACUUCGGGAUCCUGUUAAAUGUCACAUUUGGUUUUGCAAGCACCUUUAUUGUAUCUAAUCUUUACUACUGCCAGCCUUUGCUGAUUCAACUCUCGAUCGCAUUCGGCGUCUCGUAUGGGGACGUUUCGAGGAUACCUACCCUUGUUCAAGCUGGUUACGCUACUGGCUUGGUACUUAUCUCGCCUUUGGGUGACCUCGUACGAAGAAGACAACUGAUCAUCUGCGUGGUGGCUAUAUCAACUUUAUUGACAAUCGGACUAGCCGUAACGAGCAGCCUCAAAGUCUUCGAGGCGCUCUCGUUCCUCGUUGGCGCCGUUAGCGUCACGCCACAGAUUCUCAUUCCCCUUGCCGCUGACCUGGCACCCCCUCACCGCCGCGCCUCCGCAAUUGCCGUUGUUCUUUCCGGUCUCUUGUUUGGAAUCCUAGUCGCUCGUGUACUCUCAGGAAUCAUCGCCGAGUUCGCCUCUUACCGAGUCGUGUACUAUUACGCGCUCGGAGUGCAGAGUCUGGUGCUGAUCGGAUCGUACUUCCUCCUUCCCGACUACCCCUCAAAGAAUACGGAUCUUACGUACUUCAAAAUUCUGUGGAUCAUGGCGAAGUUUGCUGUCACAGAGCCCGUUCUCAUCCAAGGAUGUCUUAUCAUCUUUUCGAUGAGCGCUUGUUUCAGCAAUUUCUGGGUCACACUUACCUUCCUUCUUGGGGGACCACCGUACAAUUACUCAACGUUGGUUAUUGGUCUAUUUGGUUUAGUAGGCAUGCUUGGCGUCGCGUUGGGACCUCUUGUCGGACGCCUCAUCGACCGCCUCGUUCCGUGGUAUGCGUCGCUAUUUAGUAUCGUCAUGCUCCUCGUGUCGCAAAGUGUACAACUCGGGGCAGGGGGGAUCAGUGUCGGCGCUAUAAUAAUCGCCACUUUCGGGCUCGAUAUCUUCACCCAAAUGCUUCAAGUCUCUGUCAGCACCACGAUCUUCAGCAUCAACCCCGCUGCUCGUGCCCGUCUGAACGCGGUGGCAAUUCUUUCGAUAUUCAUUGGACAAGUGAUGGGCACUGCCGUAGGGACGAACGUUUUCAUCAACCAUGGUACACAUGGGUUGGAUAUGAAGGUGGGCCUGGAGGCGAGGAAGAGUGUGGUACAAGAGCGUGUCCGGCUGGAGGAGGAGAGGGAGAAGCAGCCGGAAAGCCUUGCCAGAGGCGAGGACGAAAAAGUACUACGAACGGCAUAA